AGCUGCUGCCCAAAUGGAUCGGGUGUUUUCUGAAUUUGCUCGUGAUUAAGACUAGUUUUGGGCUUUGAUAACGCUCUUUAUGGGCAACUGCUUGAUCAACAAGCGCGAGUUCAAAGUAAUUCGGGGAUCCAGUCCCAGCUGCUCCUGACAGGUGCGCACAGUGCGCAGGGAGGAUGGGCAGACGCGAGGCGGACAGCAGAGGCGCAAUGAACACAAGCGACCGCUCCGAGCUCGGCUGUCUGCGGGACGCGGCAUCCAGCGGCCACCGCGCCGCCGAGGAGUCUCCGAGGCUGGGCAGCUGCCGUCCGUGCAGCGCCGACGAGCUGCAGAGAAACGCAGACAUGGAGGCGGUGGUCCCGGCACCGGUUGCCUCGGCGCCGGUGGAAGUGAAGAAGCACCAGCACAAACACAACUUGAAGCACCGCUAUGAGGUGAUGGAGACUCUGGGGAAAGGCACCUACGGCAAAGUGAAGAAGGCGGUGGAGAAAGCAAGCCUGAGGACGGUGGCGAUAAAGUCGAUCCGCAAGGAGCGCAUCACCGAUGAUCUGGACAGAAUUCACAUCCAGAGAGAGAUAGAGAUCACCGCCUCGCUUAGGCACUCCAAUAUUGUACGCUUCCACGAGGUGUUUGAGAGCCGGGACAAGAUUGUGAUAGUGAUGGAGUACGCCAGUAGAGGAGAGCUAUAUGAUUACAUCCAGGAGAGGAGGAGACUGCCUGAAACAGAAGCCAGAGGCAUCUUCAGACAAAUCACCUCUGCUGUCCACUACUGCCACAAGAACGGAGUUGUGCAUCGAGACCUCAAGCUAGAGAACAUCCUUCUAGAUCAAGAUUUGAAUGUGAAGCUGGCUGACUUUGGCCUUUCCAAUCAUUUCCAGAGGGGCACUCUGCUGCAGACGUACUGUGGAAGUCCACUCUACGCUGCUCCGGAGAUAGUCAAAGGACUACCUUACCAGGGACCAGAGGUGGACUGCUGGGCGCUGGGGGUGUUGCUGUACGCCCUGGUGUAUAGCAGCAUGCCAUUUGAUGGGGCCAGCCACGCCACGCUCACAGAGCAGAUCAGCCAAGGUCGCUACCGCAGACCCAACCCCCCCUCAGACGCCUGCGCUCUUAUCGACUGGUUGUUGACAGUGCGUGUGGACGAGAGGGCUACGAUAGAGGAUGUGGCCAACCACUGGUGGGUGAACUGGGGUUUUGAAGAGAGUGUGUGUGACUGCCCUUCGUCUCCACACCAAGAAUGCCCCUCUCCACUGCUGGCUCGAUACAUCGACUGGCAGAAUCGGGUCGCAGCAGCCAGCAACAUGACUGUUGACCCAGCGUGCCUGUCCUCAGACUCCUCCUGUCCAUCUCAGCUCUCUCCCCACCCUUUUUACUUCAGCUUACCUCUGAAGAGUGAUCGUGGAGGAGGAGGAGGAGGAGGAGGGAGGGUACGUGGAGGAAUGUCAAGCCUGAGGAAGUCACGCAAGGAAAAUGCAAUUCCUCAGACUUCAGUCGGAGCUUGUGGUGGCGUUUGUGCAUCAGCUGCCUCCUCUGCUGCAAAUUCCUCUACUUCUACCAUUGAAAGAAAGAAACCCAAAGGUAUUCUGAAACCCCAGAGGAGUUUUGACUCAGUCUUUCACAGCCCUCCUAAAGAAAACUCUCCCUCCCAGCCGUGUAACACUGCUCCCCAGCCUUUCCGAACGCAUACACUAACCCACACACAUGCUGAUGUCCUGUCCACCAGCCUUCCGCCUGCCUCAACAUUCAGUCAGCCCUCGUCCAAAAUGCCCAAGAAGGGGAUACUGAAGAACUUGUAUGGAGGGGAGUCGGGUUAUGGCUCAUCCCCAGAAAGAAGGGUCUCUGGAACAGAAGUUAAAGAGAGGGGUGAUGCAGGUGAUUUGUGCUCACACAAACAGCACACUUUCCUCCCAGCGGCAGAAGACAGCCCAACUAUGCGCACAGAGGCGGUAAGAAGAAGGAAGGGUAUUCUGAAACGUAACGGCAAGUUCUCUCGCAGUUUGGAUCUUCCUGACGACCACCACUCAGCCCCCACGAUGUUCCCCGAGGCUCUGCAGCACCUCCUCCAGGCAACAGGGGGCACAGAGGGUCGCCGCAGCCGCCCUUCCAGUGUGGUGAGCGAGGAUAGCCUCUUCUCCUCAGAUUCCUUUGACCUGCUGGACCUCAGCGCCCAGUCGCGUCGCAGGAUUUUCUCCCGAGGGAGGCAGCACAGUGGCUGCAGCUCUGAGGAUGACCUGGAGCAGCUGAGAGUGGACAGAGUCAGUGGAGACCGGGAAAGAAAGAAGGAAAUGCAAACAUAGGCCGAAGGAACAAUGCAGACAUUCGUGUGGUGAAAAAUGAAAUUGAACACCAAUUCUUUGGUUCACUUUUCUGUGAUAAUAGUGCCUGGCACCUUGAAAAGACUUUAGUGAACUCUGGAAAGGUUGCUUCUCAACAACGAGGAUCCUACAGGGCACUGUACUGUCAAAGUAAAGCAUCAUCUGUCAUAUCUGUCUGUCCUGAAUGAUAAAUGAAUUGCAUAAAUGAAAUUGCACCUAAAUGGGAUCUAGUGUCUGGCAAAUUGCAGACGUGAAUGUGGCAGAAUGGACCGUGUAUUAUGAGCUCUCUCUGACCUCACCUGCACCUGAAGUUGAUCCUCUUCUGAUUUUUUACCGCAGAUUUCUGUUCAGAGGAGCCCUGAAAAUCUGAGUGUGGAUGCUGCCAUGUGAAUCUAUUAUGUCAGUAGACAAUAAACCAACACGUUAUGUGGGUUUCCAUCCACCUGCCUUUAUCGCCAUUUUGCACAUAACACUUGAGAGGAUGUAUUGACAUUCUUUUUACAUUUGAGGUGGAAAACAUCGCCAAAUGCCAAAUUAAAACAGACUACCAGAAUAAAUCAUGAAGUGCAUGAAGUGUAUGAGUCAAAAACAUCCGAUCUAUGACAAAUUAAAAAAACAUAAAUGCCAAAUUUCCAUCAUCGUGUUCCACCAUUUGAGGUUUUACCUUGCACUCUUUAUCUUUGUCAUCUUGUUGCAUCCUUUUCUUUACAAUCUGUUUUAUUGCACCCAGUUAAGGAGUUGGGUCCAUCAACGUUUAUUUUGAUGUGCUAAAUGACUCACAUUGCUGAUUUUCUGAAAAUUUGGUUCAGAUUUGAGCUAUAUUUGGAUGGAAAGCUGACGGUAGACACCUCUAUUGUGAGGAUGAAUUUUGCUUAACUGAACUGUUAUAACAUUUCACAGUAACCCAAUUUUGUAAGCCCUUUGUUAGAAAAAAGGGUUAUAACACACUAUAAUGUAGUCAUAAGUAAAUUUAACACAACUUUUAAGUGUUUGGUUGCAGUAUUUGUCAACAAUCAUACAUUUUCCUGAAAAGAUAUUUUUUUAUUAUUAUCUCAGCUAGGUGUAAGCCUGGAGGGGAUUGUACAUUUGGUUGUAUGUGUGCGCGUAUGUGGGUGUGUGAGUGCCCAGCUAAUCUUGCAAAGUACCUGACCAAUUAGCCAAAAAUUUUGUGUGCGCAUUUAUGACUGUAUGCUUGAGGACCUCUUGUGGUUGCAGUGAUUCAGACUCAUUGAAAAAGUUUUUGUUUACAACAUUAUUUAUUUCUCCACCAGUGUCCACUUAAAGCUGCCCACAGGAGGAGUUAUUGUUGUUUACAAAUACGUUAAUAACUGCUUACAGUUACAUCAUAGUGUGUUAUAAACCAUUCAAUAAUGUUAUAUGCUGCUUGUAAGUCUAAUAGGGGAAGUUAAAGUAAAGUUACCUAUUUCAUCACUUUCAUCACAUGUCAUUGAGUACAUUUGUACUACACAGUAUAGUACUGGGCGCAAUUUGCUCCUUUGCACCGACAGACACAGUGUGAAUAGCAGAUGGAUCACAGAGCUUUUUCUUGUGACAUCAGCAGUACUGCUGUGGACAUUUUAAUGUAUGCAGUGGAUAUAUGCAAUUAAAAUCUGUAAUUUUCUAAUCGUGAGAAAAUAAUUCUGUUAAUUUUCCUAAAGUAAUCUAUACAUUGUUUUUUGGGGGGCAGCAGGGGGGGUUAAUAAAUUAUGUGAACCUGAA